AUCAACGGUUUUUAGAAUGUCUGGCAACUUUACUAGUAGAAACGAGUCAAAUUCAGAUGCGACAAGACUGGAGGUGUUGUCAAGAGGCCUAAUGGAUGGAAUGUUUGAGCCUCAACUAGCAAGUCGUACAGGCAGCAGAGGCUCAAUACGAUCAGCAAUAGCAAACCAAAGACCAACUAGUGAGACUUCACUUGAACUUCUAUCAUCUGAAACUCCAUCACAGCUCACGGUCACAAAAGUGACGUACGAAAAUUUCAGUGACAGCAGUGACACGGAUGGUGAUGAUGAUGAUGUGAAUGAACAUGGCCAGAUGGAGAGGAUGUUUGAAGAGCGAAAUGUGGGAUGUGUUGUGAGGGAUGUGGCCAGCCCGGCUGACUCGGAGUGGGACAGGAUAUUGACGGCAUUUGAACAGCAACAAGUUAGACUAAAUGAGAGAGAAGGUGGUAAUAAUACUCAGCCGUUGCUUGUUGAGGGUGGGACGUCUGCUGACUCUUACUGGGUGCUGCAGGGUGAAGAGGAAUCAAGCAGUGACAGUAGCAGUGAUUUAGGCGAAUUUGUUGAUGAUUCAAAGAGUGAUGAGAUGGAGGAAAGUGAAGAGGAGAACAGUGAGAAUGUGUGUCUUACAACUGUCCAGAAGAGUGACAAUGAGCAGAAAAUGAUAAAAGCUUUGGCAAGAAUUAGAAAGCUGGACAAAGUGUUGGCUCAGAAGGAAAAGAAAGAGAGGCACGUGAAACGGCAACGAGCAAAAAUUGAAAACGAACUGCAGUUGCUGGAAGAGAAAGAGAAAGAAGAACGACACAAAAAACAGCAGCAAUACGGCCGUCUAACAGACAGACAAAACCCUAAAGACAAACACACGCCUCGCAGCUCAACGACAGAACACAAUGUCUCCACAGAUGCAGAUAGUGUGUCUGUAAUUGAAGCCACUGAUUCAUAUCAAUCACAAGUGACGUCGCCCAUCUUUACGACGCAACUUGGCAACAUCAUGGAGUUACGACUGAAGGAAGAGGGUCUGGGCUCAACGUCUUGGAAAAGUGAGGAGAUUAGGGAGGAAGUUGAUGGAAGCAAUGCAGGGGAAAUGUUGGAUGGGAGAAAGGGACUUGAAGUUGAUGAGACGGUUGAUUUUAUUCAACGAAAUAUUCAGCUUGCUGCAGAUGCUGGCAGUGCGGUUGCAAUGACAGACGAAGAGAAGAAAAGACUCGAUGAGUUGCUUGCUGAUAUAACAGACGACAAAGACACAGGCAAACACGAUGAGCCGAACGCUGCAGACACACAACUGACAUUCUACGGACAGGCAUUUGUUCCUGCAGAAGAUGAGGCAAGAGAACUUGCAGUAAUCAACAGUCAACUGAAUGCUCUUGUACCUGGUGGGAACUGGGAAGAACGCUCGUCAUCAGUGACUUCUCUUAUGACAUCGAGCAGCUACCAGUCAGCACCCGCUGUAAGAGAGAACAACACAGAAUUAAACAUUACAGAGACUAAGUUGAGAGACAAGAUUUGGAACGAAGACCAUAAAAGUUGCGAACUAGAAAUGCGGCUCAGAGACAUUGAUGAACAGCUGGAGAACAUCAAAGCUUCCCGAGAGUGUGAAGAAACAAUGGUACCUCAACCUAUACACGAGGACCAGCUACAGGCACUAAUCAAGCAAUGCCUUACCGAACAGCAAGAACUAACCAUGGCCACUAACAUAACCUCGUCACUCACCCCAACUGAUGCAAACUAUCACAACAACAAGACAGAUGAUACAACGGGACAUCUCACUGUUACGACAGAGACGCAACACGAGCAGGAAAUGCAACACGAGCAGGAAAUGCUCGCACAAAUUGCGGAACGAAUCAACAGUGAGAUGCCACCGGAAGUGCAGGAAUUCAUUAAAUUGGCUGAAGUUGGAUGUAUGAGCAAAGAGGUGGAAGCAGUGUCAGACAACGUCAUCCAGGAGACACGCGCUGACGAUGUGUCUGUCGAAGACUUGGAUUAGUGAAGUCGAUGGAAGUAUAUUUUCAAAUAUCCCGGAUGUUGAAUGUGGCAUCAUUAAUCUUGCAGCAAGUUUGAAAGAAAUGUAUAUAUGUAUACACAUGUACAUGUAGAUAGUGUAGCUUCUAUUAAUUAACAAUAAAUAAUCAAAGAAGGUAUC